AUGCGAGGGGCGCGGGGGGGCUCGGGAUCGGUUUCCUUCCCCCCCCGGCCCCGCGGGGGGAUGUGGGGGGAGUUCAGCGAGCGGGAAACCGGAUCGGCGGCGGCGGGGCGGCUCAGGUGCGCGGCUCCGGUGUCCGACAGCCGCCCCACGGUGACCCCCCCGUCGGGUCCCGGUGUGGCCGCCCGGAGCCGAGGCAGCGCCCGGAGCAGAGGACACGAGCCCGGGGCGUUGCGUUCCCCCCUCUCCCCGCCUUUCCUCGACGUGAGGGUCCCCCCGACCCCUCCGGGCUGCGCCCCCCGUUAUCGCCCCCUCCCCGCGCCCCCCGCGCCCCCCGGUGCCCCCGGUCCCCCCAAGCGCUGCCGUCGGGGCGGUGUCGCAGCGGCCGCGUCCCGGCGGGGCGAUGCGAGCGACAACGAAAUCGGGGCGCAGCCGCAGCGCCCGCGGCCGCCGCAGCCCGGGGGGGCUCUCUGGGGGUCCUGGGGUGCCUCCCCCGGCCCCCGGCUGCGAUCCGUGCCCGCCCCGCAGCCCCGAGGGCAGCUCCGCUGUCACCAAAUUGCGCCGAACCCCCCGGAGGGGGCUGGGGGAGCGGGGCCGGGGGGGCCCCGGGGGGGCAACAUCCGCAAUGCGGCAGCUCCCAACGUCACGAGCCGGGGUGCGGCGGCUCCGCAGAGGGGCUGGCUCAGCCCCGGGGCUGCCGCAGCGGCCCUGGGCGGAGGCGGGGGACAGGGACACAGGGGGCACCCCGAGGCUGUGGCCGGCCUUGGGGCGCGGGCGGCCGGCGGGAGCGGCCGGGGCCCGCCUGGAGCCGUGCCCGGGCCACGCGGAUUAGGGCGAAGGCGUCGCGCUCAAAGUCACGCCAAGGAUGGCGACGGGCUCGGCCUCGCCCGCGUCCCCCAGAGCGCUGUCCCCAAGGCACUGUGGCACCAGGGCGGUGUCCCCCAGGCCACGCCCACCGACCACACCCCCGGAGGCACCGCCCCUCCCCAGAGGCUCCGCCCCAAGCGCGGCCACGCCCACCGGGACCGGCCGUGCCCACCGGGUCCAGCCCUGCCCACCGGGACCGGCCGUGCCCACCGGGACCGGCCGUGCCCACCGGGACCAGCCCUGCCCACCGGGACCAGCCCUGCCCACCGGGACCGGCCCUGCCCGGGGUCGGCUCCUCUUGGGGGGCCCCCAGAGCCCCCCUCCAUCCCCCCUCAGAGCUCGCCCUGA